AUGAAAAAGCCGCGCCUAUCCGACCCUACUGGCGCAAAUACAUCUACAUCUGUGGAAGCCGCGCCCUCAAUGCGAUCGGCUUCGACAAAUGUGCCGCUUUCCGAUGCUAGCGCAAAUACGUCAGCAACAGCUUGUACCAUCGAUGAUCCCGUGGCUGGCUCAUGCCCAGGCCAUGGUCUGUGCAAUGGAACGGGUGGAUCAUCUGAGUGCUCCGGAUGCCCCACAUACAACAACGUGAAGGCUGAAGUUGUGGAAGCACCAACAUCUUCCUCAUAUACGGACUCGUCCUUGCCGACGCCGUCGUCCACGUCCAGUAAGACCUUGGCCGAUGCCAAGUCGGGACCUAUUGAGGCUUUGCGAUGCACGAAUUGCCAAACCACGACAACACCACUCUGGCGCCGAGAUGAGGAUGGAAAUAACAUUUGCAAUGCUUGUGGGCUGUAUCAUAAACUCCACGGAACUCACCGACCCAUCGGCAUGCGCAAAACAGUCAUUAAGCGCCGAAAGCGACUCAUGGGCUCAGGCUCGUCUUCGAACCAGCUUCAGGCUCAACAACAGAAGCAGGCGUCAUUGCAGAACAGCAAGCCCAUGUCUCAUGCCAAGUGUUCAGAUGCCGAGGCGCCUGUACGUCCUGAGCGCGAACGAGAGGCGGCCAUGGUGCUCAUGGAAGUGGGCUCGUCACGAUGGCCGCGUGCUCCGAGCAUGUCGCCGCCGCGCUCUAGUGAUGAGGCAGUGGAAUGGCCGUAUGCCCCAUCGCACGAGGUCCCUCUGUCCACCCAUUCGGCCCGGCCGUUCCCGCCAAUGACGUAUGCACCACGGGUCUCGUUCGGUUCGCGCUUCAAAGAGCUGGAACGUCUCCGUGAUGAGCUUUACAUGGAAAGAACGCGAAUCAAUGAGCUUCUGGAGCACACGGAGCAAACGCUUUUGGAAUGGCGUCAUUCGCGCUUCAAUGUCAUGAACUACACUUCUCCAUACUCGGUUCCCAGCCUCCACACCUCGGCGUUGGAGGAGGCACCUCGCCGUCCUCGUAUACCUUACAGUCCUGCGGCGCGCGCCAUGGAUCAUGGUGCCGAUGAUGUACCAGAAAUAUCACGACUUACGCCUCCCCCACCGUCAUGGCGCGCUUGUGAGCGAAUGGUAUGA